CUAAUGUCUGUCUCCGGCUAAUACGUCACAUUCAGGCGACAGCAGGCUCGUUUCUGUCUGUGGCGGUGACCAGGAGUCAGGUAAACAAACAUGUCCACUGCCAUGAACUUCGGCUCCAAGGCUUUCAAACCUCGAGCUCCGGAGAAAGGCUCCUUCCCCCUGGAUCAUCUCGGAGAGUGUAAAGACUUCAAGGAGAAGUUUAUGAAAUGUCUGAGAGACAGCAGCUUCGACAACUCUCAGUGUCGCCUGCAGUCCAAAGACUACCUGGAAUGCCGCAUGAAAAAUCAGCUGAUGGCCCAGGAGCCUCUGGAGAAACUGGGAUUCAAGGACCUGGUGGACGCUCCUCCUAACCAGGCGGACACAGACUCGGAACCCUGACCUGCUGACAUCACAGCUGCAUAUUCAGAUGCACGACGAUGGUGUCUCUCUGACCUGAACACGUCCAGCGUUUGUCGGGGACAAGAUGCAGACACGCAGACAAAAGAUUAUUAAAGUCAGACUGCUGUGCGUGUGAAGCUGAAAGUGACCAGAAGAGGGCACCGUUCAUAUUGUGGCCUCAGUUUGAGGUUUUAUCAAAUAAUUGUGUAAAUAUGAUCAAAUGUGUAAUAUAUAGAGGUGUGCUGUGGACAUGUGAAUAAAUCCUUUGUAUUUAAA